GCGGGGAACAAGGCACCGUAAUUACGUAGACGGAGCCAACAAAAGCCGAACAUUGCUUAUAAAGCGACCGUGAUGUCCUGUUCUAUAUAAAUUGGCCGUCUCUGCUUUUGUUGCAACCUGCUCUACUGUUGUCCUACAUACACCAAUUCCAUCCUUUAGCCUUUAACACCACACCGCUUCUUCACAAUGGCUGCCGCUGCUGCUUCCGACCCUGCUUCCAAGAUGAUCUACCGCAACCUUGGCCGCUCUGGUCUCAAGGUCUCUGUUAUUUCCCUCGGUGGAUGGGUCACAUACGGAGGUCAGGUCGGCGAUGACAUCGCCAACGAGUGCAUCAAGGCCGCCUACGACCACGGCGUCAACUUCUUCGACUGCGCCGAGGUUUACGCCGACGGCAAGUCCGAGAUCUCCAUGGGCAAGGCCAUCAAGAAGUACGGCUUCAAGCGCAACGACAUUGUCGUGUCCACCAAGAUCUACUGGGGCAGUGCCUUUGGCGACCGCCCCGUCAACAACUCUGGUCUCUCGCGCAAGCAUCUCGUCGAAGGCACCAACGCCGCCCUUGAGCGCCUCCAGCUCGACUAUGUCGACCUUCUCUACUGCCACCGCCCCGACCGCGACACGCCCAUCGAGGAGACCGUCCGCGCCAUGAACUACCUCAUCGACACCGGCAAGACCUUCUACUGGGGAACCUCGGAGUGGAGCGCCGCCGAGAUCGCCAUUGCGCACCAGAUCGCUGACCGUCUUGGCCUCGUUGGUCCCCUCAUGGAGCAGCCCCAGUACAACUUGCUUGCCCGCGACAAGGUCGAGAAGGAGUUCCACAUGCUCUACUCGCAGUACGGUCUUGGUCUGACCAUCUUCAGCCCCCUCAAGACGGGCAUCCUCACGGGCAAGUACAACAGCGAGAUCCCCGACGACUCGCGAUACGCUACUGCCAAGGACCCCUUCAGCGCCCGCCAGGCCCAGAACUACAAGGACAAGGACCCCAACUGGCUCAAGUGGAUUGAGCAGACCAAGUCGCUCGAGCCCGUGGCCAAGAAGCUCAACACCGAGCUGGCUACCCUGGCUCUGGCCUGGGUCAUCUCCAACCCCAAUGUUAGCAGUGCUAUCACUGGUGCCUCCAAGGUCGAGCAGGUGCACAAGUCUAUGGAUGCGCUUGAGCUGAUGCCCAAGAUCACUGACGAGAUCAAGAAGGAGAUUGAUGAGAUUUUGGGCAACAAGCCCGACAUUGGUCCCAACCGAUUCUAAGCCGCCCAAAAAUGGGAAAAAGUUACAUACCUUAACGUUUAUGCCAGCUGGCGCAUUGUGUAGAUAGACAGAAUGAGAAAGACGACAGUCACGAACAAAUCAACCCGUUCCUCAGUUGUAAAUUUGUUUAAUGUUUUUA